GAUUGUUAAUUUUAAUCGUAGUAUUUUUUUUUAUAAUUUUUGAUUAAAAGAACGAGGAAGUAUAUGUAAAACAAUUAUAAGAAAACUUACAAUUAUUCAAAUAAAAGAAAUAUCAAAAUAUUAAUGAGAUUUUUAUAAAGAAAAACCAUGUUGUGAGAAAUUUUGUAUAAACAAAACCAGAAAUCCGAUCGGAGUUUUAGUUUAAAAUAUAACCAUUAUUUAAGCUUUAUAUUACAUAAAGUAAAGUUAUGUCAUCCACCGCUAGCAAACGUAAAGAAAUUUAUAAGUAUUUGGCACCAUGGCCUUUGUACUCGAUGAAUUGGAGUGUACGUCCCGACAAGAGAUUUCGUUUAGCCUUAGGAAGCUUUAUUGAAGAGUACAAUAAUAAGGUCCAAAUAAUUAGUUUAGAUGAGGAUACGAGUGAAUUUAGUGCAAAAAGCACUUUCGAUCAUCCGUAUCCUACUACUAAAAUAAUGUGGAUACCAGAUGCAAAAGGCAUUUAUCCAGAUUUACUAGCUACCAGCGGCGAUUACUUAAGAGUUUGGCGUGCUGGUGAACCAGAUACAAGACUGGAAUGUGUUCUAAAUAAUAAUAAAAACAGUGAUUUUUGUGCUCCUCUAACGUCUUUUGAUUGGAAUGAAGUUGAUCCUAAUUUAGUUGGAACGUCAUCUAUUGAUACAACUUGUACAAUUUGGGGAUUAGAAACAGGACAACCUCAUGGACGAGUUUAUGUAGCAGGCCAUGUGAAAACUCAACUGAUAGCACAUGAUAGAGAGGUUUAUGAUAUUGCUUUUUCAAGGGCUGGCGGCGGUCGUGAUAUGUUUGCAUCUGUUGGUGCAGAUGGUUCUGUGCGUAUGUUUGAUUUAAGACAUUUAGAGCAUUCUACUAUUAUAUAUGAGGACACAGCACAUACUCCAUUGUUACGUUUGGCUUGGAAUAAACAAGAUCCGAAUUAUUUGGCAACAGUUGCAAUGGAUUCCUGUGAAGUUAUUAUUUUAGAUGUUCGAGUUCCUUGUACACCUGUUGCAAGACUGAGCAAUCACAGAGCGUGCGUUAACGGUAUAGCGUGGGCGCCGCACAGUUCCUGUCAUAUAUGCACUGCCGGUGAUGAUCACCAAGCGCUAAUAUGGGAUAUUCAACAAAUGCCGCGUGCAAUUGAAGAUCCAAUAUUAGCUUAUACAGCGGCCGAAGGUGAAGUUAAUCAAAUUCAAUGGGGCGCUACACAACCAGAUUGGAUUGCUAUUUGCUAUAAUAAAGCGUGUGAAAUUCUUCGAGUUUAAAGUUUUAUUAAAAGGAAAAGAAAACAAAAUAUGAAAACCAACAAAAAAUAAAUAAUAUAUAUAUAUAUAUAAACAUAUGUAUAUAUUUACAGCAUACUAUAUUUAGUAACAAAAUUCUAGUUUACAUUGCUAACUUAUAUUUAUAUAACAUAAGUAUUUUAGUUUAAUUCAUAUUUUUAUUUCUAAUUUUGCUUAAAAAUGCAUACUGUUGUAAAAAUUUUUUUACACAUACAUCAUACACAUUUAAAAAAAAUUUUUCCAUUAUUAGAACAUAUUUAAUCUUAGAUGCAAAAGUGAAAUGCGACAUGUUAUAGUGAAUAAUAAUGUUACCAUUAAUAUUUGGACAUUUUAAGAAAUUUUGAAAAGUACGUUAAGUAAACGGAAGUUGAUUUUUUUUAAAUGUAGUUUUCCAUUAAUUUAUUUUUUAAUAUUUUAUUUAACAAAUAGAAAAAUGCUACAAAAUAUUUCUGUAGUUUAGCAACUAUUCAACUAACCAUAGUUGUUAUUCAAAACGUUAGAAGAAAUAUUUUAUCACAUUAUAAUUCUUAAUAUUAAAUAUAAUCUAUAUGAUUAUUUUUAAACAUAAAAUGCACUUAAAUUGACAUUUUAAAUGAUUUUGUAUAUAAUUAUAUUAUAUGUUUAGACAUAAAAUUAAAUUAUUAUAACAUAUUCUGUAAUAUUUUUAGUUUCCUAAUUGAUGUAAAAUGAUAGAAAAAGUUUUUUUUUUAAUAAAUUAAUAAAAGCAAAAUCGAAAAUAAUAUCCAAAUUAGCGUUCGUACAUGUCAAUUUGACAGAAUUUAAAGCAGAACAUUCUAAAUAUACUAAAAUAUGUAUCUUAAUAUUUUUUUCAAUAUAAUUUUCAAAAAAUAUUUUGUUUUCCAAAUUUUUAUAUUUUUUUCGGUAUGAUAUUUCUUAAUUUUUAAUGUUUUUUUUGAGAUCUUUAACAUUUCAGUGUGCUCUUAAUGGAUAUAUAACUUUUUGUAUAUUCAUGUGAAGUUCUAAAGAAUUCCAUAUUUUACAGAAAAUCCUUGCAAAUGUACUUAAAUAAUUUUCCUAAUUUCAUAAUGAAUUUUUUUAAUUUUCAAACAAGAUUUUACGUUUUCUAUAACUAUUCAAUAAAAAUGUUUCGAAUAUUCGCUUAUAUUAGCAUUUUAAAUUUAAUAUUGAAUUGCUAUCCUUAUAUAAAUAUUUAUAAAAAAAAAAUUAAAAAGACAUAUUAUUCAUAAAAUUUCCUAUCAUACAUUUAAUUUUUAGAAUAGUACACCAACCAAAGA